GACAACGGAACUGGACCCAAUCUAGUUCUCUUGGCCUCGGACCUUGUAUUUUCUACUACAUUUGUUCUCACUCCCAAAAGCCGCAUGGCUGCUCCGGCGGUUGAAGGCGCGGCUGUGGCGGCUCUCAGAUCGGUAAUGCACCGUGUCCGUCACGCGGCGGAGAGGUCGGGCCACUCAUCAGACCUGGUUCGUGUCGUUGCGGUCUCGAAAACCAAGCCGGUCUCUCUCAUCCGCCAAGUGUAUGACGCUGGCCACCGAUGCUUUGGCGAGAACUACGUUCAAGAAUUUGUAGAAAAAGCUCCUCAGCUUCCUGAAGACAUAGAAUGGCAUUUCAUUGGGCAUUUGCAGAGUAACAAAAUCAAAUCCCUACUCUCUGGAGUACCAAAUCUCGCAAUGGUUGAGGGCGUAGAUAAUGAGAAGAUUGCAAAUCAUCUUGAGCGUGCAGUGUCGAGCCUCGGGAGAAAUCCUUUGAAGGUUUUUGUCCAGGUGAAUACCAGUGGAGAAGCAUCAAAAUCUGGGGUCGAUCCUUCUGGUUGUGUUGAACUUGUGAAACAUGUUAAAUUGCACUGCCCGAAUCUAGAGUUCUCUGGCUUAAUGACAAUAGGGAUGCCAGAUUAUUCAUCAACUCCGGAGAACUUCAAGACACUAUCGAACUGUAGAAUUGAGGUUUGCAAGGCACUUGGAAUGGAGCAGCAGCAGUGUGAGCUGUCAAUGGGCAUGUCCGGUGACUUUGAGCUAGCGAUUGAAAUGGGCAGUACCAAUGUGAGAGUUGGAUCUACCAUAUUUGGCCCGAGGGAUUACACCAAAAAACAACCAAAUUAGCAUCUUCAAGUCACAUACUGUUUCUGCAGAAAAAGGAAAAAGGGUGCAUGACGAAAUUUUAUAUUUUUAUUAAUAUACACAUACUUAUUUGUUGGUGUUGUAAAGAAUAAUUAUAUUUGAAGGUCUUUAUACUACAAACCAUUUACGUGGCAUAAUUGGAUUUAUAAGAUAAAUUUUAAAAUUUAAAUUUUAUAAAUCAAAUUAUGCUAUGAAUAUAGUAUAGUGUGUAAAGGCUUUCAAAUUGCACUACUCUGCUGUAAAAUAGAAAAACAAUUUUACUUUUCACAUGUAUCUCCAAAUCAAUGCGCUACUUGCUCCAAAUUUAUGUA